CUCGGAAUUUAACAUCUAGGUAUAUAUCAACAGCAGCUGUAGCAGCGGCAGCAGCAGCAGCUUAGCAGAAUGCAGCGGCUGCAGGCACCAGUACUUGGUUGGCUGGUCUGAGAAGCCGAUCCAAAGAGCCUCUCAGCUUUUUGCAUCAGCAGCAUCUCUUGUACUCCCUCAACGCAAACGUACGCCUCGCGUAGUUAAUUUAAUCGGUCCCCCUCAUCGCGCCCCCACUCCAUUCAUUGCUCAUUCAAGAAACCUAAAUGUUUACCAUAUAUGCAAAACGCAACAAGAUAAGAAGCCCCCCGUUGAUCGAAUUGGUGUGGAGGGAGAGAGAGAGUCUCAGCAGCUAUGAGCGAGCAAGGGGUGAAGGAGAGCGCCUUCGCCACCGUCGACUCGUUCUCGCAGCUUCCGUUCAUACGCGCGGCGCCGCCGCCGCCGCCGCCGCCGCCGGCCAGUUCGAGCCUGCAGCCUUCGGGCCUGCGGCUCUUCGGCUUCGACGUCCCGCCCGAGCGCGCCGACUCGUCGGCGAGAGAAUUCGAAGCCGCGAAGAGCGGCAACAGCGCGAGCAGUUUCAAGGGGAGGAAGUUCGAGUGCCACUACUGCUGCCGGCACUUCCCGACGUCGCAGGCGCUCGGCGGGCACCAGAACGCGCACAAGCGCGAGCGGCAGCACGCGAAGCGGGCGCACCUGCAGUCUGCCGUGGGCACCGCCGCCCUGCCCUACCACAACUACUACGGCCACAGUUUUCACAUGCAGACGGCCGGUUACGGCGCCGCCGACUUCGCCUACCGCAACGUCAGUAGCCAUCUGCUCGGUGGCCGGUUCGAGCCCCUGCUGCCGCCGCCGCCGUUGCCGCUGCAGUCUCCGCACUACGCUUCGUGGGCGUCGACGGGGGGACGGUGCAUCGGCGGAACGGCGUAUCGCGAUCGGUCGGCCACGGUGCUGCCACCACCGCCGUUGUUGAUGGGGAGAGAUGGUGAGUCGAAGGUGGUGUUGUUAGGGUUCGGAAAAGGAGGAGGAGGUGGUGGUGGUGGUGGUGGUGGUGGUGGUGGUGGUGUGCUUAGCACUUCCUCUUCUUCUUGUUCUUCGGCUUCGCCGCGUGAGCGUGGGGGGUUCGGUGCAAGUGCAAAAGAGAGCGUGAGUUUGGAUCUGCAUUUGUAAUUCUAAUUCUAAUUUUUUUUUUUUUUUUUUUUUGUUGGUUUUAAUCUUUAAUAAUAACUAGGUUCGUUUCGUGCCCCCAAUUAAUUGCUUGGAAUGGAAGUACUUGGAUUUUUUUUGCUUUUAGAUCACUGAUCAGUAGAUAAUUAUUGGCUUAUUACGACUAAUAAAUUAAGUUUUAGUA